ACUUUUUCCCCAGCACUAUAUGACCAUUAUUGUGUCGAUGUGCUUCUCUUUACUCAAGCUCAAACGAACAAACACGUAACAUAAAUUUUGUAUUAAGUAUUAAGACAUUAAGAUAGCGUUCUGCAAGAAAUUUCUUUAACUUUAAUACUUAUGAAAAUUCAUGUACACGACAAUGAUGAAUGACGGCGCCGAUGUGAGUCAUCAUACAUACAUGGUCACUCUUGGGCGUAAAAGCACAUAUCUGUCCCCGCCGUUUUAUGCAAGGAAAAAUUCUGAAAUUAUACAAACUGAGCCCUCAAAAUGUGAAAUUAUGCGAUUCUGAUAAUUUUAACGAAGAAAGAUAGAGGAAAAUAAUCAGAAAUUAUGCAAAACAUGAUGAUCAAAUUUUGCUAAAUUAUGCGGGGUGCUUAAAACCACGGGGACAGACUUAUUAAAAACAACCCAAGGCAGCUACGAAAUCUUCAAGUUCAAGGAAAUCCUCCUCACCAAUGUCCGAUGUGCAAACAUCCUCACCAACGUCCGAAGUGCCAACAUCCUCACCAGCGUCCGAUGUGCCAACAUCCUCACCAGCGUCCGAUGUGCCAACAUCCUCACCAACGUCCGAUGUGCCAACAUCCUCACCAACGUCCGAUGUGCCAACAUUCUCACCAACGUCCGAUGUGCCAACAUUCUCACCAACGUCCGAUGUGCCAACAUCCUCACCAACGUCCGAUGUGCCAACAUUCUCACCAACGUCCGAUGUGCCAACAUCCUCACCAACGUCCGAUGUGCCAACAUUCUCACCAACGUCCGAUGUGCCAACAUUCUCACCAACGUCCGAUGUGCCAACAUCCUCACCAACGUCCGAUGUGCCAACAUCCUCACCAACGUCCGAUGUGCCAACAUCCUCACAAACGUCCGAUGUGCCAACAUCCUCAACAAUGGCGACCUCACUGGCUCUCGAGGCAGCAACAUCGAUGUGUAACUUGCUACUGUAACCAAGUGCUAGAUCCAAGUCUGUUGUCAGGGACAGGCUUGUUGUGCGCUGACUCGCAUACAGGAGGACCAACGUAACGUGUUUGGGUUUUGUUUUUUCUUACUUCAGUUUAUAUUUGAAAAAUUGGUUUUGAAAAAAGAUGAAUAAUUUCUGUUUGAAAGAUUGGUGAAAAUUUUUUUUUGAAAUACACGUAGACAAGAUUUCUACGCUUGAUUUUUUAAAAUAAUUGUGAGGCAGCGUUUUGGAAUCAGGCUCUCGUCAAUUUUUGGGCAUA